AUGCAUGAUCCGCUUAUAGAUUUUACCCCCGACGUCUCACGCCGCGGAUGGACUUGCAACAUUUGCAUCCCAAGGCGCACCAACCAAUUCCAUUUCAAGACCAUGCAAGCCGCAGUUCGACACGAAACUUCGUCUCCCGAGCACGCGCAGCACAUCUCUGAAGUAGAGUGGUGGCAACCACGGGACGAUGACGCUUGGGGAUCGCCUGAGCAGCCUCCGCUAACUUCCGAUGGCCUGCGCACAUGGGAGAUGCAGACGCACGUGGAUCAUGUAUUUGAUUUAGUGCCAUUCUGGAUCCGUGGGGUGGAUGCUGCGGAGAGGGGCGAGGUGCUAAGAAUGGAGGAAUUCUUGCAGAUGAUGGAGGAGGAUGGCGGAUGGCGGACCUCUGAUGAGGUUUGGGGGGUGUUGGGAGCUUGGAGGAAGCCGAAUGAUGAAGAGGGAAGUGAUGGAUGGGGACGUAAAGAUGAUGUGUCUGUUCACAAGUCUGCUGGCACAGACUUGACAUCGGACGACCAGGAUAAAGGCUGGGGCGUUAUGGAAGAAUGGGCGGUCCCUCCUACCAGUAGCCCUUCCUACCACCAGAGACAAGAUCUCGGCGGCGUGCAUCCUUUUGUAGACGACAUCGCUCUUCAGGAAGCAGCAGAUGAAGAUAGGCGCCGAAGGAUGCACCACUUUUUUGAAAUGCCGACGGAACAGAAGGUGCUGGAGAUUCAGGAGGUGAUUCGUUACCUUCGCGCCCAUCCUGCCUAG